CGUGAACACGCGCAGGUUGAAUGCCAGCACGAAGUACCACCAAAAUUCCACAAACCGCGGCGAGACGCCCACUCAUGCUCCAGGUCAUCGCAUUGCCUUGCUCUCGUCUGUGUCGAGCUUCCUUGUCACGCUAACUGCCGCGAUCAUGGCGGUCAACACCAGGCUGCACAAUGCGCCCAUAGUGCUCGACAACGGCAGCGGCACCAUACGAGCUGGGUUUGCUGGAGAGGACCUUCCGAAAUGCUACUUUCCCUCGUACGUGGGUCGACCGAAGCAUGUGAGGGCGAUGGCAGGUGCUCGCGAGGGCGACGUAUUCAUCGGACCCAUGGCACAGGAUUUGAGGGGCCUCCUGAAGAUAAAUUACCCUCUCGAGCACGGCAUCGUGACGGACUGGGAUGAUAUGGAGAGGAUAUGGCAAUACGUCUAUCAGGAAGGGUUGAAGACGUUGAGUGAAGAUCAUCCGGUCCUGCUCACGGAGCCCCCGCUGAACCCGAGGAGUAACCGUGACUAUGCCGCGCAGAUACUGUUCGAGACGUUCAACGUGCCCGCUCUUUACAACUCAGUGCAAGCCGUCCUGUCGCUGUACGCAUCGGGAAGGACGACGGGCAUAGUUCUGGAUUCAGGGGACGGUGUGUCACAUGCAGUGCCUGUGUACGACGGAUUCGCAAUUCCCAACAGCAUCAGGCGGAUCGACGUGGCAGGUCGAGACGUCACCGAAUACCUGCAGACGCAGCUGCGGAAGGCGGGUUACAUCUUUCAUACGAGCGCGGAGAAGGAGAUUGUCAGGGAGAUCAAGGAAAAGAAGAGCUACAUUGCUCUGGACCCCAACAAAGAAGAGAAGGACUGGAGUGGUGCGACCUCGAAAGCAAGCAGCAGGGAAAUCGACUACGUGCUGCCGGACGGCAAGACCAUCAAGCUUGGCCCAGAGCGCUUCCGUGCGCCGGAGAUAUUGUUCGAUCCAGAGCGUAUAGGGCUUGAAUAUCAGGGCGUUCAUCAGAUCGUGGUCGAAGCUAUCGCAAGGACCGACAUGGACCUGCGCAAGGCGCUCUACAGUAGCAUCGUGCUGUCAGGCGGCUCUACGCUGACAAAAGGCUUCGGCGACAGGUUAUUGCACGAGGUACAGCGGCUCGCUGUUAAAGACAUGCGCAUCAAGAUUUUCGCGCCUCCCGAGCGCAAGUACACGACGUGGACCGGAGGCAGUAUAUUAGCAGGGCUGAGCACGUUCAAAAAGAUGUGGGUGGACAAGGACGAGUGGCAGGAGAACCCAGACAUAAUACACCAAAAGUUCGCAUGAGGACGAGCAGCGUGCUCACGCCAUAGGACGUGUUCCUCUCGCCAUCAUGAUCAUGAUCCAUAAUUGUGCUCCACAGUACGGACCACGCGGUGAGAUGUUUCGACGAUGAGGCGAUGCGUGUCCGGUACAAAAGGCGAUUCUCAUUUCCCUGUUAAGGCUGACAAGUUACACGUCCACCAGGGCCUCCCAGCCUAUCACCAGCUCACGUUUCGGGCCGUGAUGGUUCACUCUUCACUUAGUCUGCUUGCGCAUUCUCCGCAAUGCUGGGGCGAGCUAGUUGAAGGGUCGCGUUACAGUUCCGGGGCAACGGGGCACGUUUCCAGGCAUAGAACCCAUCUCGCUCUUCCCCUCCCCCCCAUCCCCCCUCUCCUCCACUCUUCUUUGGUUUCCAUUACGAGAUCACUUACGAGCACAUAAUGCAUGGGGCUUGCGUAACUUUUGGGCAAUGUGGAAAGAAAAAGUUUCUGGUCUUCAGCAAAGGGGGAAAUUUUCGUUUUCCCUAGACCGGAGCCUCAUUUGGGUGAGAUCGAUGAUCGUUGCGCGUUAGGUUUGUGCCUUUUGAAUGCAUGAUACCCAGGACAACGUGUGGUAGCAUCUCAGCGAGGCGAGAAGGAUGAACGAAGCUGGUAGCAUUUUGACACCUUCAAUUGAAUACGUACAAGAGAGUUGUGUGCAACCGUCACCUGUACAUCCAUCACUACGUUCCAUGCUGCACUUUGAUCGAUUCCCAAGUGAUGGACGUGAUGGACGUGAUGGAUGUGAUUGACGGAAGGCAAGGAAGGAACCCCGGUCCGUGCUAUGCAUAUUGGAUUUGUCAAGGAUAGCCUUUCGCAGCAACAUUUGCAUUAUUGUUAGCAUGUCGAAAACAAAUCAUCCCUUACGUGCAG